AUGGAAGACCUAGAAGUGGUCGAUGCCCUCAUCAUCGGCGCCGGUGCGGCCGGCCUCGCAGUCGUAUUGUCUCUCAUAGAACGACCCGAAAUUCAUAGCAUCGUUAUUGUUGAAAAAGAAUGGAUGGAAUGGGACCUAGGCGGUGGACUUGCGUAUUCUCCGAUCGCGGAUGGAGGGACGACGAACCGUCGUGACGGCGCAAUGUCCAUGAUCCACGAAAACCCUAGCCACUUUGAGGAUUGGCGUAAAGAACGUUAUGAAGACAAAGAGGCAGGAAACGAUUAUAGCGAUCGGGAAACUUAUGGUCGUUACCUGCAGAGUUUAUUCCGCGAGCUAGAUGUGAAGGCCGCCAGAUUUUCCGUAAACUUGACGAUCAUUCGUAGCGACGCCGUUGAUCUAGACUCCCCCACGAAUGGAGGUUUCUAUCCGUAUAGGGCGACGCUCCGAAAUGGAUGCUUCGUGUAUGCGAAAGGCGUGGUGCUCGCUCUUGGCAACUUUCUGUCCAUGAAGCAAGCGCAUCUCAGCACGGCCUUAGGAUACUUCAUGACUCCGUGGCCACUAAAAAAGCUCGAGGAAUUACCCAAAGAUGCAUAUAUCGGAAUCAUCGGUACCAACUCAUCGGCUAUCGACGCUGUGACUAGAUUGUACGAGAGACAUCACCGGGGAUUGAUUUGCAUGAUGAGCAGGAGUGGGAGUGUACCACGUUUCGAAGGGCAAUCGCGAUAUUUCCCGCAAGCCUAUGUCUUGCACGCCAUGGUACGAGAACUUGAGAGCGGCAGGAUAUCUUUAGAACAAUUUCUUAGCCGUCUUGAGGAUAUUCUUCUACGCCACGAUAGCGUGAAUACUGACGACCCAGAUACGGAUGCCCCCACGGACCGCAACGACAUUGUGCACCGAACUAUUAUCAAGGAUAUGAACGACUCGAUCGAGGGUGGUGUGCGAAUGCAACACAUCUUAAACGCAUUUAAACCUAUCGCCGAAAGGGUGUGGAAUUCAGCAAAGUUGACCGGCAAGACUGAUGUCCUAGAAGAUCAUCCUGCUUGGAAAACCGUAUGCCAAGAAACGAUGUCGGCAUACCAUGCGAUGGUCCUCCUAGACCUCACUAAGAAGGAGAACUUCAAGAUCAUUCAAGACAGCAGUGUCGGCUUGAAAGGAGACAAUCAUUUCUUGAUGGGAAGAAGAGAAAGAGUGCGUGUUGAUUACGUAAUCGAAGCCACUGGACUGGAACACAACGUCGGGGUGUUGUCGUAUGAAAUCCCUAUCCUGAUGAAAAUGCUCCAGAAAGGGUUAGUUGAACGCGACAACUUCGGCGGCGUCAAGGUUGGGUUUAGAGACCAUCAAGCUAGUCCCGGUUUAUAUGUAAUCGGAUCACUUACUAAGGGAACACAUUACUUCGUGGAAGAUAUCGAACGAAUUGUAACCCACGCUUCACAUAUUUCGAAAGGUUGGCUUGGACCGCCCAGCGAGCCAAAGCAUGUGGCUCUAUUCGUCGACAGGGACCUCUUCUCGAUAAUGAUAAUGAUGGAUAUUGUACCUAAACUGCUUGCGGAAGGCCAUAUGCCGUUUAUCUUUCUUCUUGGAGAUCCGGAUGGGUCUAUGUACGCCGGAGGGGAAGAGCGCGAAUACUACUUCUUCGAAUCUCUAUUAAUCUCCCAAGUUAUAAUACCGGGGUACAGGUCGUAUGGCGGAAAGCCACGAAUAGCACUGGCAACGGAUUCCGUCGACAAUGAGUACGGGGUUCUCGUCCAAGAAAUUGAGGAUGCCAACGAUCCUAUCUUCUCGACAAUUCUGGAACAAUACGAUAUCGAUAUCGGCUUUUUGAUUGGUUCGAGAGUAGAUGCGGUUGAGGGGAUCAAGGAUUUGUGCAUACUGUCUCAACCAAAACCGAGCACAUCAACCUCCUACGAAGAUAUUAAACGAGGCCUAGAAGAGGGCGUGGACCUUUUUGGCUAUAAUCUAUAUUUCCUAAGCCAAAGGGAUAGAUACGAAAACCUCCUUGGGUCAAGAGAACGAAGUAUCCGAGGAGCUCCUUGUGUUCUUAGCGCGAUGUUAGAUAGCAUCGAUCUAGGUGUUGAACUCGUGGUUAAUGCAGUCGACAGCGUCUCUCGAAGGAAACCGAUGACGACCACCCCUCAAAUUCUUCAUAAUGAUCGGGAUGAUUCUGAUAUGCUGCCUUCUAGGAUCGUGGAUAUACCUUCAGUGAUCGACAAGGUCGCUAACUACUUCGCUACUCCCGAGACCAGAGAACGCUUGCUGAGGGAUAUCCGUGAAGGUCUGGUGUGUUGGGGGGUUGAAAACUAUGAUAUGCGGGAGUCGCGCGCCAUGGAAAAAUAUAUCGGUAGCUUUAGCCCGGUUGUGUAG